AUGGCUAACUUGUCGGUAGAAUACGCUGACAUGCUCCUACCGGGCACUGUCUUUAUAUCACUAGCUGGGGUGCUGGGUAUCUUUGGGAAUAUCAUUGUGAUCGCACUGUACUGGUGUAAGAUUCAGGAUGAGAAUGGCGACCGAUACUUUAUCCCUGUCCUAGCAGUGGUGGACUUGCUGGGAUCUAUGUCAAUGACGGCAUACAACGUGAUGGACAACUACUUCUUCUUCAACUACCCGUCAGAAACCUGUUGUCGGUGGCUGACGUUUUCAGUCAUGAUAAACGGAUUUCUGUCGCCCGCCUUACUUCUGAUCAUCGCCGUUCAGCGCCACAAAAAGGUCUGUCGAUCGGGCGAUUUCUCGCUGUUCUGGAGACGAGUGUCCAUUGCCAUAGCGAUCGUAGUCUCUGUCCUUAUAAUGGUUCCAACUCUGAUUUUCUCCGGGACGUCGACCUUAAAGCUGACUUUCCAGGGACGGAACGUGACGGGGACACUGUCAACCCCAACGCAACAGAAACUGCACCAAACAGAGGCGUACAGACUUGGUUCAAUUUGA